AUGGCCUCGCCGCUCGAGUCUUUCAGCAAGUGGCUCCAGCUCAAGAUUUACCGGCUCGAGGUGACACUGAGCGUGUACAUGUACACGCCCGUCGAAAAAUUCAUUUUCUACUCUGUUCUCUUCCUGCUCUGCUCCCUCACCUUCAUCGCGAGCGUCCUUUACUUGCCCGAGCACGUUCAAUUCAUCAUCAACCGCGCCUGGUUUUACAUGCACGGCGACUCGUGCGAGUCCAGCGACUACAAUUGA